UCUAAAAUCAAAAACGCCGAGUGACUUAAUCGCUUCAUUGCGUGUACGUUAGAACGUUUAAAAUGUGUUUUGUUUUCGCUUCCAGACUUAUUUGGUGAUUUUGUACGUAGUUAGGAACUUUGUUAAAAUGAACAUCUCACAAAUCGCUUAGUUUGUUUCGUCAUAAUUUGAUUUAAAGUGUAAAUAUGAAUAUUCCAAAUAAUUUGCGUAUAGUGAAGAUUGGGAAUAUGUUAUUGUCUAUACUAGUUCUGGAUUGGCUACUAGCCAGCACGACGGAUGCAACAACACACGAGCCUGGUUUCAGCGGGCCGAUAGAGAACGUGACCGCGCCAUUGGGUCGCGAGGCAGUGCUCGCGUGCGCUGUGCAUAACCUCUCCACGUACAAGGUAGCAUGGCUUCGUGUGGACACACAGACGAUCCUGACAAUUCAUACCCACGUGAUUUCACGAAGUAGGCGAGUGGGUGUGACUCACAGUGACCAUAGAACCUGGUUCCUACACAUCCGGGAACUUAGAGAGACCGAUAGGGGGUGGUAUAUGUGUCAAAUUAAUACAGACCCCAUGAAAAGUCAACUUGGAUAUUUGGACAUUGUCGUGCCACCUGAUAUAAUUGAUCGUGGUACGAGCACAGACCAAACAGUUCGAGAAGGAGCUUCGAUAAGUCUGACAUGUGCGGCAACGGGUUCCCCUCAACCACAGAUAAACUGGCGGAGAGAACAUUCCAAAACUAUCCCUUUGGCUAAUGGUUCGCAAGUGACGUCUUUGGAGGGUCCCGUAUUAAAUAUUAGUCGUGUGAGCAGACAGAACGCAGGGCCAUAUUUAUGCAUAGCCUCGAACGGAGUGCCGCCCUCUGUAAGCAAAAGAAUAAUGCUCACCGUUGAAUUUCCACCGGUGAUAACAAUACGGAACCAGUUAGUUGGCGCAGCGCUUGGCACUGAUUUAGUACUGGAGUGCGAAACGGAAGCCUAUCCCAAACCCGUCAGCUACUGGAGUCGUGAAGACGGGGAAAUUGUUCCUAUUGGUGGCAGCCUAGAGCCGCAGAGGAUAGCGGGCACCUACCGCUCUAUACUAAGAUUACCUCUCAGAAGAAUCAAGACUAGUGACUACGGGGCCUAUAAAUGUGUCUCCAAAAAUUCACUUGGAGAUACCGAAGGAACCAUAAAAUUAUAUCCAAUGCCUCCACCCGCUUUGGAAAAUAAAAAUGUUAUACAAAGGUUAAACAUCAUGAUGGACAAGGCAUCGGAAAGUACUCCAUUUGGUACUCAAGAUUUCAGAUUACAAGACUACAACCGAGCCAUCUCGAGGGAUCAGUUUACGUUCGCCUUUUUGAUCUCAAUAAUCGUCAUAGAUACAAUUUCUUAGAAUUUGUGGUAUAAUGUUCUUUGAUGUAGAAAUAACAUGAAUUCUGUAUUAAUUACUUUCAUAAUAGAUAGAAUACGAGAUGACGUUUAAACUAUAUAGAAAUACAAUGGUAUUUCACUGUUGACAUAAUAUUAUAUGUAUGAUAAAACAUGA